UCACUUCGUUUGUUGUCAUAACGCGAGAGACUUUCAUCGAGAACGGACGUAUUUUUGUGUACGCCGAAACAAAUUGACAAUAUUGUUGGAAAAAUAUUCCGCAGAAAAUAUAUCGGAGACUAUAGAGCAUGGGCACUUAGCGGAUAAGCAUAGUAAAUACGUGUCGCAAUUUAGGCAGAGAAGUGAUACGAAAUUGCAAAAAAAAGAAGCAUACAAAAUCUGAAACGUGAUCUUGUAGCGCGGUGUAUCACAUAACCAAGCUGCUGGUCCAGAAAUUGCCUUUGCGCGUGUAAUCGUCACUUAAACAGAAAUAGAAACGAGAACGUACAACAUUUGUACAACAAUUAAAUAAAUGUGCGCGUGUUCAAAAUUUUGAAAACGCAACAACAAGUGGAAAUACAACUACAACAGCAAAAAGAACGGGAAGUGCUCGCGGCCGCUCAACAAGUGUAACAAAUAAGCGCACUGGGAUUAUCUAAUAAACCAAUAAUAUAUACAUAUAAAUACAAGACUCGGGCUCGCACCUCCCCAAAUAAUAAUAAAACAGAUUAUAUACCAAAUAGGCAGCAUAAAUAUUAAAUUUAAACCAGUCAAGUGUUUGAGAGCUCAUUGUGUGUGUGUUUCGUGUGUAUGAAUGUAUCUGCAUGUGUGUGUGUGAAACGAGCAACAGCAGCUACAACUACAACAACAACAGCAACAAUACGGCAACGUCAACAACACGCAAUUGCUGUGAGCGCGACGGAGACAGCAACAGCGUGAGUCAUAAAAGUGAAAUGAAAAUGCGGAUAAAGAGAGAAGCGCCGUGUCUACUGCUAUUUAUGCCAAUCCAAAAUAACAACAACAACAACAACAAUCGCAUUGGUGCUAAUCACAAGGACUAUCCCAACAACAAGCGGUCCAGGGAAAAUCUGGCAUGUGACGAACAGCAGCUGACGGCGACGUCGACGUCAACGGCAGCAAUGAAUGUUGGCAGCAAUGGCGGCCGAACGCCGCCGCUCAUGCGCAGCUGCUCCAGUCCGGCGGUAUACGAUAUCGAAACACAUCCCGCCUCGCCAGUAUUCCCACAUCUGCUGCUGGGCAAUGGACGCGAUGCGGAUGAUCCCAGCAGCGUGGGCGCCAAUUGUGUCCUAAAUGUUACCUGCCAAAGUCCCAGCGAGAGUCAUCUGCAGGGCCUCAAGUAUAUGCAAAUACCUGCCAGCGAUACGCCCCAUCAAAAUAUUAAGCAAUAUUUCCAGGAGGCAUUCGAUUUCAUAGAGGAUGCACGCAAAACAGGUUCGCGCGUCUUGUUGCAUUGUCACGCGGGCAUCUCGCGCAGCGCCACCAUCGCCAUUGCCUACGUCAUGCGGUAUAAGUCGCUCUCGCUGCUGGAGGCCUACAAGCUGGUGAAAGUGGCCCGGCCCAUCAUUUCGCCCAAUCUGAACUUUAUGGGCCAGCUGCUAGAGCUGGAGCAGAGUCUGCGCAAGAGCGGCGUCCUGGCGCCGUUGCCCGUAACACCCAUUGUCAGCAGUCAUACGCCGCAAACCCCGUUAGCGGCCACAACUAGUCAGCUCGUGGAGCAGCCCGAGCAGGAGGCAGCAGCUGCUGUAGCACAUCUGGCGCCAUCGUCGCGCCCGUUGCAAAGUAAAUCCAAAUCGGAUAGCGAGGCCAUGGAUGAGGAUGUUUAUGAUUAUGAUGAUGUGGAUAGCGGUGCUGGCAGCUUUGCCGGCAGCAAUUGCUCAUCGCGCCUAACCUCACCGCCUAUCACACCGGACGAGACCCCCUGCACUUCGGCAGCUGCGGCUGCCACCGAGCUGGAUUCACCUUGUUCCAACACCAGCAGCGGCAUCUACUCUAUGUCAUCGUCGCGGCCGUUUAGUGCGCCCAAUAGUUAUGCUGCUGCCACGCCCGCACCCGCCGCUACUCCUGCAGCGCCGGCGCUGCUGUCGCCCUCGCGGCCGCUGGCGCUCUUCAAGCGUAACUCGCCUGUCAAGCUUAGGCUCAAUCUGGAGUCCAACUAUACGCCAAACAUACCAAAAUCCAUAUCCUGCAUAUCCAUACACAAUGCAAGCCUGCGCAGUCCGCUGCAGCGGGAUGCGCCAGCCACGCCCAGCUGCGAAGCGGCGCCAACAACGCCCGGCGACAAUAAUUGCAGCAGCAGCAGCAACAACAACAACAACCUGGUGGCGGCCACGUCGAGUGAUUGAUCCAUCAGGCGGAGGCGCCACCGCCGGCCCUUAGCUGUGAAUAAAAUAAAACUGAUGUGUACAUUUAAGUGAUGCGAAAUUUGUAUUUUUGUAUACAGAACACUGGAUUGAAGGGAUUGAUUGGUUGAUCGAUUGAUCGACUAUUUGAUGUGAGCGUGUAUAAUUUGUACCUAAAUAUGUUUUCCCAAAACACUGACAAGAGAAAUCACAAUGUAAGCAUCCAAAAUUGGGGCAAAAUUCAUUGAGCAUAAAACAGAAUAUGUAGUCUAAUUUGUAAUUUGUAAAUCUUUUGUAAUGUAUUUUAGACCACAGCAAAAGAGAAAAACAAAACAGAAAAAAAAACAAAAGCAAAGAAAAAUAGAAAACUUUAAACUAAAAGCAUCUACUUAUUAAAUCUUGUGCUGCUAUUAUAAA